AUGCUCAAGGUGGAUGUGGACGAGGCAGAUGUGGCUGUUCUAACACAGAAUCUUGCCCGAUCGAAACAGGUCUUUGAGGAUCUCUCACGGCUGCUUCGAACCAUCGGACAGAAAACGCAAUCGGGUUCUCAGAGUAUUCGCCCUGUGCUAGCGAAAUUCAAUAGCCUUACAGCGAAAAAACAAUCUGUUGAAGAAGGGCUUGCUCUUUUGAAGGAUGUUUCACGGUACUCCGCCGAGGCAGCCGAAUCUCAGCGUAUUCUUACGGGACCAGUUGAAGCCACUGGAAUUCAAAAGUAUUUGGCAUGUCUUGAAAGUUCGGCGCAAUUGCUCCACGAUAUGAAGCGGGACAUCAGAGACUUUGAAGGUGUUGUGAUUGGCUUCGCAAAUGCAGUGGAUAAGGCGGAAAUGAGUGUGGUGAAAUACUUCAGUCAAGUAAUGAAUGGAGUCGAUUUGACUACGGGUGUUAUCCCCAAGAAACAAGACGCUCUAGCUGUCUUGGCCUACUUUACACAGCAAGGAAACCUUCGCAAUGCUCACGCGGCCGUUGAGAAGGCUCUUUACACCCAACUUUGCAAGCUCAUGGCAGCUUCUGAGCCUGCCUGUACAUUUCCAAAAAGACAAAGCAACAUUCCAUACGAAAAGGGCUCUUCAGGAAUCGAAAAGUAUACGGAGAAGCUUCUUUUGUAUGCCAAAAGCGUUAGUACGGUAUGUGAAGAACUCCGGGUAUCUGGAUCUCCGAUUCUCUCCAACACGCUUUGUGGGUAUCUUGACAACAGACUUACCCCAAUUUUGAUCCGCUAUAACACGUCCUUGGACCAGCUGGGCCCACUUACCUAUGACAUUGCCACUUUGGAAUUGUUAGAUUCAUUGGUUCAUAUGGAUGCGGCAUUGACGAAGUAUAAGUGUAGUUUUGCUGCCUGCGCAUCAGUCACAAAAGAAUACGGCAAGUUACGAAACAAGGCGCUGUCAUUGCUCAUUGAGUGGGUCAAGUAUGUGGAUGCACGAGUGUCCCAAGUUGAGCGAUUCAACGAGUUUAGCAUUCCUGAAGUUAUCGUGGACGUUAUUUCUAAGAUCAGAAGAAUAUGUGAGUUCAACUCGUUACAAUUGUUGAUUGAGGGCAAAAAACUUGGAAGCUGGCUCGAUAUCAAACCUCCACUUCGUUUCAUUUCCGUUUACACGUCUGUUAUCCCUGGGGCUGAAGCAUCUGCAGAAGAUUUGAACAAGUUUUUAGCUUCGUCAUACAUUCUGGACCUUAUAGAUGAGCUCAUGGUGAAUAUUGAAAUCAACUUGAAGGAGCAGACAGGUGAUAACAGCUUACGAAAACUGUCGCAGGGAUUUUUGUUGAUCAAGAAUCUUGUGAUGAUUGAAACAAUCAUCAACCGACUGGAGUCGUUUUAUCAGCAGUUGGGCCAGAUCGGCUUGGAGCGUCUCCAGAGAUUGAAGAACCGAUUCCUUAAAUUGUUCUUGGAUGACUGGAAUUACGCAUCUUACAUCAUCAUUCGUGACAUGACUCAAAUCACAACUACCAAUGCCAUGAACGGAGGACAGCACUCGACCAAAGAAAGAGAACAGACUAAAGAGUUGUUUAAGAACUUCAACGAGUCAUUUGAAGAAGCACUUAAACAAUAUGAAAAGUUCAAUAUCCAAGAAAAGGAUCUCAAGGUUUACUUGUCGGGAGAAAUCAAGAAACUCAUCAUCAACGCCUACAACAAACUUUACGACAAGUAUGGCAAUGGGGAGUUCACAAAAAACAGGGCCAAGUAUAUUAAGUACGACAAGCUGCAAUUCGAGCGUCUCUUGAAUGAGCGUCUCUAA